AUGGCUUCUAACCAACCUGCCAAGUGCUGCACCGUCGGCGUGCGCCAUCAAGGUGAAACCACUGGCGAGCUCAUCACCAUCGCCAACAACACCCAGGCCUACCUCGCCACGCCUCCAGCCGACAAGAAUCAUGAGGGUGUCGGCAUCGUCUACAUCCCCGACAUCUGGGGCAUCUGCACAAACAGCAAGCUCCUGGCGGACCAGUACGCGGCCAACGGCUACACAACCUUGAUCCCGGACCUGUUCCUCGGUGACAAGAUGCCCGAGCCCAAGCCCGAUGAUUUCGACAUCAUGGGGUGGAUCAAGAACGGCACCGAUGGCAAGAGCCCUCACACGCCGGCGACUAUCGACCCUGUUAUCGUGGAUGCUAUCAAUGCGCUCAAGGAGCGGGGAAUCACCAAGAUUGGAGCCGUUGGAUACUGCUUCGGCGCCAAGUAUGUCGUGAGACACUACAAGGACGGCAUCCAGGCCGGUUACCUCGCUCACCCUUCUUUCGUCGAGGAGGAAGAGCUUGCUGCCAUCACCGGGCCCCUCUCCAUCGCCGCCGCCCAGACUGACACCAUCUUCCCCACCGAGCUGCGAUACAAGUCGGAGGAGAUUCUCAUCAAGACCGGUCUUCCUUUCCAGAUUAACCUGUUCUCGGGUGUCGUGCAUGGAUUUGCGGUUCGUGGAGAUCCUAAUGUCAAGGUUGAGAAGUUUGCCAAGGAGCAGGCCUUUUACCAGGCUGUGGCGUGGUUUGACGAGCAUCUGCUGUGA